AUGUACUCCAAGGCAGCAAAAUUGUUUGUGCUAGUUAUAUUUUUUGGAAAUAUAAUGGAAAAUGCCUCCAAGUUGGAGUUUACGAAUUUUAAGUGUCAUGUGAAGGACCCGACUUAUUUGAGCUUCGAGUACUGUUUCAUAAAAUCCGUAAAUCGAACCUAUAAGUACAUAUCACUCAAGGCCAACAUGUACGAAGUACCUAUUACAAACGCAUCGGCAAAACUUCAAAUUUCGAGAAGAUUUCGGUCCUAUAUGCCCAUAACCAUAGCCGCCAGCAUAGAUGUUUGCAAAUAUAUGGCUUACAAGAAGAACUUGGCCAAUCCGAUGCUCAGACUUUUCGAGGAGAUCACCAAAAAAUACACAAAUACCAACCAUAAAUGUCCCUAUGAUCACGACCUUAUCAUAGACAGACUUCCCUCCAAAUAUCUGAGUGAGCACUUUACCAACAUCCUUCCACUCCCACCUGGGGAUUACAGUUUUAACAGCAUAUGGUACAGCAGAAACAUAGAACGGGCCACCAUCUCCAUAUAUUAUACUGUAUCAUAA